AUGGCGCUUAGGGCGCUUUUAGAUCGUAGAAAGCGUAGAAAAAAAAUUUUACUCUUUUUAUCUGGAUUUGACGUUUCUGCUAUUAUAUUUUAUUUUACAAGAAUAAUCAAAACACAAAAGGGAAGUAAGUACUUACCAAAAAUGGGCUUGUUUGGAAAAACUCAUGAGAAAAAUCCGAAGGAACAGGUACGAGAAUGGACUCAUAAGUUGAGAAAAGAAGGUUAUCAGUUGGAUCGGCAGGUUAAUGAAGAAAAAGUGAAGAAAUCAUUAAAGGAAUCGGCUAAGAAAAAUGACAAGGACGUGUGUAAAAUAUUAGCCAAAGAAAUAAUCCGGGCGCGUAAAGCAAUCAAUAAAAUAAAAACAUCACAAGCGCAUUUAAAGUCAAUAUCCAUGCAGAUGAACAACCAAUUAGCGACGAUAAGAGUCGCUGGUUCACUGUCAAAGUCUACGGAAGUAAUGCAGGCGAUGCAGUCGCUGAUAAAAGUCCCGGAAGUUGCUGCGACGAUGCGCGAAAUGUCUAAGGAGAUGAUGAAGGCGGGGAUUAUUGAAGAGAUGCUGGAUGAAACUAUGGAUUCUAUUGAAGAUUCUGAGGAUAUGGAGGAUGAAGCUGAUGAGGAAGUAGACAAGGUUCUGUGGGAAUUAACUGCUGGACAAUUAGGUACUGCACCAGCAGUUGUCACAGAAACACCCGGCGCGUCGACGUCUAAAGAAGAAGAAGAGCCAGCUGAAGAUGACACCGAGCUGGAAGAAAUGAAAAACCGGCUUCAAAGUUUAAGAAGUUAA